AUGACGGAAGGCACAAUUGCAGAGGACGAGGUCCAGUGCUUGCAAGCGAAUCUUGUCAAUACACACACAAUGUACACAACGCAGCUUGCGCGCGUGUCUGUGACCGUGGACAAGUGCCCGCCAACACACGAGUUUGAGAUGAAACCGCGGCGGGCGAUUGGAAAGCCGGCGAUGGCGACCAUCAAGGAGGGCGACACGGGCGACGAAGAGAAACAGGACGAGCUCGCGUUCCAGAUGGACGCUGAUGACGACGACGACGACGGGCUCUCACUGCUGGACAGGCAGCUCGGGGCAGGCAUGGACAGCACGCCCGACGCUGGCAAUCGCAGUGACGACGCUGACCACGGCGAUGAUGAAGCGCCGGGUGCGGCGGACGCAGACGAGAACAACAAGGGCGACAAGACAGACAAUGGGGAUCAGCACACAGCAUCUGCACAAGCAAAUGCAUCUGAUGCUGGUGACGGUGACAAUGCACUUGCAGGCAGCAACAAGGCACAAGCAGAGACAACACCAUCAGCAUCCUCACCGCUCUCAUCAAACACGACCACAACAGCUCAUGAUGCUGCUGAUGCUGCCGAUGCUGAUUCGAACAACGACAGUCACGGACGCGACGGGCCACCACCCAAGGUGGCGAAACGAGCAGACUCACCCAACGCGACGCAGCAGCAAUAGCACGCAAGCUCAAGUUGUGUGUGUGUGUGUGUGUGUGUGUG